ACCACUUCUCAUACCUCCAAACCACACUCAAUACCAACCACUUCACGUCUUCAUACCACACUCCAAUCACUUCUAACAACGAUCAAGAUGAAGGUCUUCUCCGUUGUCGCCCUUGCCUCGCCCAUCGUGGCCGCUACUCUUGGUCGAGCUGUGACCCCCACUGCCGAUCAGGCAAACAGCACUUUUGCUGAGCUCGACGACAUCCAGGUCCUCUGCGGUGUUCCCAAACCCGACAACGAGCUGCCUGCUACGUCCUACAGCUACCCCAUCGGCCUGCUUCUUAGCGCCGGAGACAAGCGUCUUCACAUCGACGCCGGCCCAGCCAACUGCCAGCAGGCAGCCUGCGGCACCAAGAGCGGUGCGGGUGUCAUCGUCUGCAACGAUGAGAAGAACGGUGUCGAUCUGUUGUACUCGGACAUUGGAUUCUUUGCCCAGCAGGUCUACAACAAGUGCAAGCAUCGCCGCGAUGACAUCGACUAUGUUGAGAAGGGCCAGGCCUUCUGCCCUGACGGCUGGAACGUCAUCCUGACCGAUGUUGGCACUGACUGCCACGCCUCGACUAUCCCGGGCAACUAAUUCACUCAUUGCCUAUCUACGCCGUAGAGGACUAGUCUAGGUCUCUCACCUGACGGUGGUCAGAACAUAGUGCAGUACAUGAGUUUUCUCUUUUAUGAGUUGUUAGUCGAUCUACAACCAGCAGUUUCGAUCUGAUAGUGUUGGUCAUAUUCGACUUGGAGACAUGGUACCUACUUUAGUUAGCUAGGGAACGUCCCAUCACUGAAU